UAUAUAUGUCGUCAUCACCACCUUCACACCAACGAUCGCUCUGGUUCCAAGCUUCGAAGUCGAGUCACUCAUCGUAGACCGAUCUUGCUCCCAUGGCCGAUUCCGUCUUCCAUCACGUCGUUCGCGCUCCCGAAGAUCCUAUCCUCGGGGUGACUGUUGCAUAUAACAAAGAUCCUAGUCCAGUCAAGUUGAAUUUGGGUGUUGGUGCCUACCGUACAGAGGAAGGAAAACCUCUUGUCCUCAGUGUAGUCAGACAGGCAGAGCAGUCUCUUGUUAAUGAUGCAUCACGGGUGAAGGAAUAUCUUCCAAUUGUUGGAUUGGCAGAGUUCAAUAAAUUGAGUGCAAAGCUCAUCCUUGGUGCUGACUGCCCUGCUAUUCAGGAGAACAGGGUCACCACUGUGCAGUGCUUGUCAGGUACAGGUUCACUGAGAGUUGGUGGUGAGUUUUUGGCGAGGCAUUACCAUGAGCGCACAAUAUACAUUCCCAAACCAACUUGGGGGAACCACCCAAAAGUUUUUACUCUGGCUGGAUUAUCUGUAAAAGACUAUCGAUAUUACGAUCCUGCAACACGUGGACUUGAUUUCCAAGGUCUGCUAGAAGAUCUUGGAUCUGCCCCAUCUGGAGCAGUUGUCCUACUACAUGCCUGUGCUCAUAACCCGACUGGUGUUGACCCAACAGUUGAACAAUGGGAGCAGAUAAGGCAGUUGAUAAGAUCAAAAAAGUUGUUACCUUUCUUUGACAGUGCCUAUCAGGGUUUUGCCAGCGGAAGUCUUGAUGCUGAUGCACAACCUGUUCGUAUGUUUGUGGCUGAUGGUGGUGAGUGCCUGCUAGCACAAAGCUACGCCAAAAACAUGGGACUCUAUGGAGAGCGUGUUGGAGCCCUAAGCAUUGUAUGCAAAACAUCUGAUGUUGCUGGCAGAGUCGAGAGUCAACUGAAACUCGUAAUUCGGCCUAUGUAUUCUAAUCCUCCUAUUCAUGGAGCCUCUAUUGUUGCCACAAUCCUCAGGGACAAGGACAUGUACAAUGAAUGGACUAUUGAAUUGAAGGCAAUGGCUGACCGCAUUAUAAGCAUGCGUCAUCAACUUUUUGAAGCCUUGAAGGCCAGAGGCACUCCUGGUGACUGGAGUCACAUUAUCAAGCAGAUUGGCAUGUUUACUUUCACCGGAUUGAACUCGGAGCAAGUUGCAUAUAUGACCCGAGAAUAUCAUAUCUAUAUGACAUCGGACGGGAGAAUCAGCAUGGCAGGUCUGAGCUCGAGGACAGUUCCUCAUCUGGCGGAUGCCAUUCAUGCGGCUGUUACUCGUGCUUCCUAAAUACUCACAAGUAUAUCCUUCUUGUAAGCAUGCACGUCCUCGACCAUGACGUGAUUAGUUCAUUACAAUUUUGUUGACUCCUGCUUGCAUCUGGUUUGAAUAAUCUGAAAUUGACAAGUCAGGCGUUUGAAACAUUAUUCUUUUGAGCU